AUGGCUGCUGAAAGAUUGGCAGAAACCUGUGACGUGAUCGAAACCAGAGGAAGUCUGAGGAUCUUAGGCGUCCCUCUGCAGGAGGAUAAGAGCCUGUCCAUCUCUGGCUGUAAGCGCUUUGUCUUUGGGCGAGAAUCAAACAAGAGUAACUACACUAUGAUGGUAGUGGGGGGGACAGGGGCCGGGAAGUCUUCCCUCAUCAACAGUUUGUUCAACUACAUCUCUGCAGUGGAGUGGAACCACCCCUUUCGCUUUAAGAUUGUGGUCGAAGACCAGUCCAGCUCCCAGGUCGACAGCCAGACCUCUGAAGUGGUCAUCUAUCAGAUCAACCCCAGAGACGGUUUCAGGAUCAACUACCCCCUCACUGUGAUCGACACCCCUGGGUACGGAGACUCCCGAGGCCUUCUGCGAGACAAGGAGACCACAGACCAGAUCCGGAGGCUCUUCACUGAAGCGUGUGGAGUCUCUGAGGUCCACGCCAUCUGCUUCGUGGCUCAGUCCUCAUUAGUGCGACUCACUCCUUCACAGAAGUACAUCUUCGACUCGCUGCUGUCCAUCUUCGGCAAAGACGUGGCUGAGAACAUCAGGAUCCUGGUGACUUUUGCCGAUGGCACAGAUUGCUUUGUUUUGGACGCCAUAAAAGCUGCACAGAUCCCCUGCUCAAAAUCAGAGGACGGACACGUGCUGUACUUUGAAUUCAACAACGCUGCUAUGUUCACUGCCAUCAAGUCCAAAGAUAAAGGCUUCGGGUUCAUGUUUUGGGAAUUGGGACUCAAAAACAUGGAUUUGUUACUGGAUAAUCUGACUCGCACAAACCCUAAGAGUCUGACACUGUCGGUAGAGGUGUUGAAGGAGAGGAGGCACCUGGAGUAUCUGGUGGAAGAAUUGCAAAAACAGGUGAAGACUGGUCUUCAAAAACUCGAAGAAAUUAAAAACACAGAAGAGGAACUGAAAGACAAGGAGGCAGAGAUAAACAGGAACAAGGACUAUGAAAUCCCAGUGUCCUACACUGAGGUGAAAGAGGAACUUCCUGAGCCUGGAUAUUACAUCACCAACUGUCAGGACUGCCAUUACACCUGCCAUGCCACCUGCCAGAUCGCAGAUGAUCAAAAGAAACAUGGGUGUGUCGCUAUGAAGUCUGAUGGCACCUGCAACGUGUGUCCAAAAAAAUGCCACUGGACAAAACAUUUCAAUCAGAAAUACAAGUGGGUAUACGUGACAGUCACAAAGAAGCAAACCAUGGAGGACCUGAAGAAGAAGUACUUGGAUGCGUCACAGGCGAAGGCUCCAGUGGAGAUGUUGAUGGACAAACUUCGGCAGGAGUACAACCAGCAGGAGCAGCAGGUGAACGACAUCGUGAAGCAGGCCACCUCCGCUCUGAACCGACUGAAGCAGAUCGCCCUGAAGCCCACCGGCCUCUCCACCCUGGAGUACAUCGACCUGCUCAUCCAGAGCGAGAAGAAUGAGCACAAACCUGGAUGGAACAAAUGA